UGAUAAUCAACUACAUCAAGAGUAAGAAACGACAUAGGUAGGUACCUACAUACGACUUGCUGUAAACAAACUUUAUCAAAUUAAGUCCAUCGCCAGCAGCAACAAAGAGUUUUAAAAUGUUGUAAAAUAGGUAUGUUUUUGUGGAGUGUAAUUAACCAACUCUUCUUCAGCAAAAGGAUGGCUCUUCCUAGCUUGCACACUUUAAUGUGGCUGAUUCACCUGAUUGAUAUUAUUCCUGCCCAACACCGUUUUCCAUUGGAUGAUAGUGGACCAGGGUUUCAAAGAUUGGCUAACAGCCCUGCUUAUAUUGACAAAACUCUAUCCAUUGAGGAAUUCUUAGAACAUUCUAGAAAUGCGAGACUAAUCACAGCCCCAGCAGGAUUUGGCAAAUCAUUGCAUCUGCGAAUGUUACAGGACUUCUUCCAAAUUCCCCUGAAUAAGAAUGGAAGUGAUAUACCAAAAGAAUGGUCAACAGCUUUCAAAAUUUUUCGCAGCAAAAAAAUUGGACACUCCAAGUUUCUUGAUGAAUUUGGGACCAGAGGUGUGGUCUUCUUUGACCUCACUAUACUCUAUGGUUUCGAUAAUAUUGCGGAGUAUUUUGCCAAAUUCCGCAGUGUUAUAGAAAAGGCAUUCAAACAACACAUGUACCUCAUCCAAAAUGCGAGAUCUGAACUUGACUUGUCCUUGAACCGACAAGUUUUUGAACGCUGUGGCGUUCUGGACCCCUCCUUACGCAUUAACAGCUCAACCCUGGAGGUGUGUGGCUCGGAACUUAUACAACUAGUGCAAACUCAUUUCAGAAGAAAAGUCCUUCUUUUGAUCGAUGCUGUCUCUGCACCCUUCGAAUGGGUACUGAGUAAUCCUAAUACUAAUGUGUGGACAACCAAGAGAGAUUGCGACUUAGAUCGCAUCACUAAUUCCCUCCAAUUGUUUAUCUCUUCAUUGGUCAAAGGUAACCAUCAAGUAUGGCGCAGUUAUCUGACUGCAAUAACUGGUUUUGAUAUGCCCCACAAUGAAUCAAUUAAUAAUGUUGAAUUUGCGUCAAUUUUUACAUCAAGAAAACUAGCUGUGGGAUUUGGAUUUACUCAAAGUGAGCUCGAAGAACUAACUACUAUUUUUGGUAUGAACUCAGAAGACAAGAUCGUUUUGCAGAGAUACCUAAAGGGGUACUCUAUAUAUCAGAACGAUGAAUCUGAGGAUGUAGGGCCAAUUUAUUGUCCAGGUUUUGUUGCAGAGUAUUUAGGUGAAGGCAGAGGUAGACCUCGAUUGACACCUGAUUUCGCUGUUGACUAUUCUUCAUUGCGAAGACUGAAUCCAUUUAAAAACUUGUUAUCUCCUAAGCUAUUUGGAAAUCAAAUCAUCAGAAGUUUGAAACCAAAUGCAGAGAUAGAAAUCAAGAACAUUUCAAAGAUUCCAUUUAAAGAUUUGAUGCUUUUACGAGAGGCCGAGAUAACUGGAGCUACGAAACACCUUAAAAAAAUUCAAGACUACUUUUUAUUCUAUCUUGUGGAGCAUGGUUAUUUCACAGGCAAAUAUAUUGGAGAGAAAUUAUCAAUUAAGAUCUCAAACAAAAUUGCAAGACUAUCUUUGCGCCAUGAAAUCACCAAAAUUGAAUACUACCGAGAAUACCUCCGAUGCUCCAACACUGCAAUUCAAGAAUUUAGUGACAGUAUUGACAGUUUUGAUGGAACUCAAAAAGCCUUAGAUAAUGUAAAAAGUUUGGUGACAAAAACUUAUCACCGAGGUUUGGUGGCAAAACUACCUGAAUCUGAGCUUGAAAUUUCGGCUCCAAUUUACUCUUUUUUAGUGAGAUCAAAUAAUGCUAUUGAAAGUAUAACAGAUUAUGAUAAUUUCGGUGAUAUUUUUGUGCCUGUACCGAAAAUUAGUGGCAAUAAGACAACAGAAAUUCACCCGCCAAACGAAGUGGCUGGAUUAGAUGUCACUUUUGUGAAACGAAAAAAUGGCUUGGGAAUCUUGUUUGGAACUGAAUUUGAUAAACAACCCCAGAAAUAUUAUGUUGAUGAAUCAUCCUCAACAGCUCAGCAAAUUUUAAAGAAAAUGGUUGCCAUGCGAUACUACACAUAUUUUGCUAAAGACAGGUUUAAGAGGACGGCGCUGAUUAGCAUCCAUAUGAAUCUAACACAUGUUUCAUGUUGCUCACUAUACAAUAGUUACGAUAUCAAUAGUAAAUCUAGUAUGAAAAUGAUGUCUAGUUAGCUGGCAAGAUUCUCAAUUGAAUAAUAUUAGUAGCCUAUACUUGAUGA